AUGGGAGGAACUGGUGGACACGAACUAGCACCACAAGACGAACCAGAGGACACGAACUACCACCACAAGACGAACCAGAGAACACGAACUACCACCACAACAAGAACCAGAGAACACGAACUACCACCACAACAAGAACCAGAGAACACGAACUACCACCACAAGACGAACCAGAGGAAACGAACUACCACCACAACAAAAACCAGAGGACACGAACUACCACCACAACAAAAACCAGAGAACACGAACUACCACCACAACAAGAACCAGAGAACACGAACUACCACCACAAGACGAACCAGAGGACACGAACUACCACCACAACAAAAACCAGAGGACACGAACUACCACCACAAGACGAACCAGAAAACACGAACUACCACCACAAGACGAACCAGAGAACACAAACUACUACCACAAGACGAACCAGAGAACACGAACUACUACCACAAGACGAACCAGAGAACACGAACUACCACCACAAGACGAACCAGAGAACACGAACUACCACCACAAGACGAACCAGAGAACACGAACUACCACCACAACAAGAACCAGAGAACACGAACUACCACCACAACAAGAACCAGAGAACACGAACUACCACCACAACAAGAACCAGAGAACACGAACUACCACCACAAGACGAAUCAGAGAACACGAACUACCACCACAACAAGAACCAGAGAACACGAACUACCAUCACAAGAAGAACCAGAGAACACGAACUACCACCACAACAAGAACCAGAGAACACGAACUACCACCACAACAAGAACCAGAGAACACGAACUUCCACCACAACAAGAACCAGAGAACACGAACUACCACCACAAGACGAACCAGCGAACACGAACUACCACCACAACAAGAACCAGAGAACACGAACUACCACCACAACAAGAACCAGAGAACACGAACUACCACCACAACAAGAACCAGAGAACACGAACUACCACCACAACAAGAACCAGAGAACACGAACUACCACCACAACAAGAACCAGAGAACACGAACUACCACCACAACAAGAACCAGAGAACACGAACUACCACCACAAGACGAACCUGA